AUUCGCAACGCAAUACGCAUCGCGAAACGCCCGCGCGCCCGCACCGCCUCUGGUGUCAAGCAGCCGUAUCAAUCCUUGUGCGACCGACUCUCGUUUCGAAAUUCGCGUGGAGUGAAUAGAAAUUGCUAAGUUUUGACGUGAUCUACGGAAUUAUCAUGUGAAUCAGUGGGUCAUAAUGACCAAACUAACUCCACCCAAGACUGUUCCCAAGGCAGUGAGCCGCUGCUGCGCCCCGACUUGUGCAAACAGCUCGGACAACACCGACGGCGUGUGCUUUUUCCGAUUCCCCAAAGACGAAGAAAGGUGCAAGAAAUGGGUGGCCAACUGUGGUCGUGCGGACUUGGAGGGCAAGCCGGCGGAGAAGCUGUUUUCCAGCUACUACCUCUGUUCGGCUCACUUCCGCAAGGGCUGUUUCAGCAGCAGAUACCGCAAUCGGCUCGUCUGGAAUGCCGUCCCCACCGUCUUCAAGCACACCGCCAAGGAGGAGCCUCCUCCGGCAGCCAAAGCCACGGCCAAAGCUUCAGCCAACUUGGCCAAGCCGACGCGGGCAGUCACAUCCGUGAGCCAACAGAGGUUCCGACGGUUCUUCGGGUUCGCCAGCAAGCGUCGCACGUCCGUGCAGCUGCGUCCGGGGGCGCCACUGCUCUCGUCGGCGCCGAGCCCCCCCCAGCUAAAAGGAGCCGCCACGAAGGACAUCCCACAGGUGGUAAAGGCAGAGGCGGCAGAGGCUGAAAAUCCCCGACUGCCGGUGUACAUCGAGGACCACCUGUAUGCUGCCCAAACGGCCGCCCACACGGCUGCCUGCGCAGCCGUCCAGCCAGUCUUUAGCACGCGGUUCAGCAUGCCCUCUCCGUCGCAGUCCAACGUGAACAGGGUGCACGAGAUCAUAGUGGACCACUUGGAUGGAGACAGGCUGGUCAUGGACGUCGUCGAGGGGGGCAGCAUCAUGGACGAGAAGGACGCGGAGGCGUUCAAGGCGGCGGUGGAGGCGGCCCUCCCGCUGCUGCAGCUGAGCCAGCAGGUGCCCCUGGGGCCGCCCCCGCGGCAGACGGUGGUGGUGACCACAUCGACCGCGCCCCCCACAUAUGCCCGGCCGAAGGAGGACCCCAGCGGGGAGGAGGCGGAGGGCGGCUCGCCGAGGGUCAGGGCCUCCCGCAAGGGCCCCCGCAUGAUGCAGGAUUUCCUGCUGCCCCACCUGGACAGGGGCACCUUUGGGGAGCGCCUGCAGUGGCUCGACCGGGCCAACGGCGUCUUCCAGAUCGGCUGGUACCACAAGAACGCAGCGCAGUGGACCAAGGAUGACUGCGUUGUGUUCUUGGAAUGGGACAGACUGAAGAAGCGUCCCGUGGCCCAGAAUCCCCACUACUGGAUGGAGGCCAAGCAACGCUUCCGGGCUGCCCUGGGUAAAGUCACGUUUGGGUGGACGCAGCCCCGCUGCAAGGCCACGGGGGGCGAGCUGAAGAAUGUCAAGGUGCGCAAGAUCAAGUGGACCAGAGACAUGCGGCCUCCGCUGGGCGACAACUGGCAGCCCCGGGACCCAAACUGGGCCUGCAUGACCCACGGCAGGGUCCAUCGCCCGACCAUCAGCCGCGUGCGCCGGCAGUCGCCCCCUCCUCAGCUGCCCUACGGCGAAGCCAACGGGGGACGCUGGAACGAGGCUGAGGAGGAGGAGGACUCGUGGGGCGCCCCGGGGGACCCCUGCGUGUGCCACCGCUGCGGCUACACGACCCGCAACCGGCGGGUGUUCCUGCGGCACCGCAUGAUGCACCGGGACGUGCGGGCCUUCUGCUGCCGCUACUGCACCCAGCGCUUUUGCCUGCCGGAGAGCCUCUUCCUGCACCUCCAGGUGCACUCGGAGACGUUCCCGUACUCCUGCUCGAGCUGCGGCGUGAAGACCCGUCUUCUGCUGCAGCUGUGGCGCCACGAGCUUCGGCGCCUGGCGCAGCGGCUCUGCCUGUGCCACCGGUGCGGCCUCGUGUGCCACGUGCGCGAGAACCUCCGCUACCACCUGGCCAAGGCCCACGGCCAGAACCACGUGCCGGCACCCGACCCCAACCGGAAGCUGGCCCCCGUGUGCGCCGGGGAGUUUGGCCGGCCGGCCGCGCCCAAGCCGAAGGGAGGCCGAGCCAAGCCGACCGGCGGCCAGAAGUCGGGGGUCCGCAAGCCGAAGUUGACCGAGCCCAAGUCCACCAAGCCGACUAAGCCAAGAGUGGGCAGGCCGAAAGCUGCGGAGAAGUCGACGGCCGGUAGGCCGAAGGCAAACAAAAUCGGAGGUGCCAAGGGGGCGGCCAGGAAGCCGGCGGCCGCCAAGACUGGUGCCAACAAGUCGGCUCUCGGCAGAGCAACUGCCAAGAAAUCGGUGGCCAUCAAGUCGGAACCCGACGCUGAAGAAGCCGGCAAUACGGAGACGAGCACGCUGGCAGCGAGUAAAGCGGCAGCCGACGCACCGGCCGCCGGAAAACCGAAACCCAAGGAGCUUGAAAUGGGUGCGCAGGAGGACACCGAGGAAGCGGACUCCGGCCAGUGCGAAACCAUCGAGCUGAUAAUCGACGAACUCAGGCGCAGCGAGCCGGGGGCCAAGAAACAGGAGUCGGACGAUGCUCCCGCCACGCAGGAGAGGCCGAAGAAGAAGGCGAAAGCGACCGCCCCGCCGGUCGUGCCGCCGCCCGUGGUGCUGAAGGUGCCGACACAGACGAACCACGCAGGUGUGGUGCUGGCGGGUAUGGUGACGGAGGAGGGGCUUCGCAGGACACAGCGCAUCAGGACGCCCAAGCGCAAGAUCUCGGCGUGACCCGUGCACGCGCGUCGUCCAACUCGAAUGGUUUUUGCCACGAGAAGGUUCGGUGUCGUAGACCUCCCGCGUCGGGUGGAAUGGGGCACUAAACGCACCGGUCAGAGACUGCAACCGUAAUUGCGCGCUGUCGUCGCCUUUUUUUUUUUACAAAAAAAAAAAAGUUUCUAACCUCAACUUUUUUUUUUUUUUUUUCUCGUGUGGAGGUGUGGCGAGGUUUUUCGCAGUCUCGCCAGCACUUUUCAACGAUAAGGAUUGUGCUAAUUUUUGCAUUAGUGUCUUUUUUUUUUUUUUUGUCGCGCGAAGCUUUUUGGAUUGACGUUCUGGUGGCAGUCUUGCAAAUGCUGAGCACCGUCGAAGUGUCGAGAUUGGAAGUCGUCGUUCGGAUGCCUUUGGUCAUAUGAAACAAAACAAAUAUCCGUUUGUGUUCUACCUGGUAAUGAAGUGAGCGUUUUUGACUGUUUGGCACGCUUUCCGGUUCGAUGUAAUGGGCUACCGGUCGCAGUUGAUUGGAAAUGACGGCUUCAAAACAAAUAGGAGCUUAUGUUAAGGCUCGAGCACUUGGAGAGGUUUUAGGAGUCUGAUGUUGUUCUGCGUUUUUUAGUUGUUGCGGUUUGUUGGUGCAUACGAUGCAUUGACACCCGAAAAUUUCUCGCUCGCGAUACGGUAAUACCGUGCUCUUUGUGAAGGUGAAGUUUGUGCCGAAGCAUUUUCUGAGGCACACGGGAUUGUUACUGACAUCAUGGUUUUUAUUGCUGUGCCUGCCAUAAGAGGAUUACCUUGGUGUUCUGUAGAAUUUUUGCAACACUAGGCCUAACCAGGGACUCUGUGUCUGCUAAUGUUCUUGUUUUCCCCCAAACAUUUUUUGUACGAAUUGUAGCACUUUGUUCUUAAGUAUUCUGGUCAGUGUCAUGGCUCAAGCUUGCGGGGAAAGUAUCCAUUAUGUCGAAGCACCGAUUAUGUAUAUCCUGUUUCGUUGGAGUAAAUAAACUUGCAUAGGAUGGAUGCGCUACAAAUGUGCAGCCAGUAUGCAAGCUACAUAUA